CAAUAAAACUGAUCAAAAAAGCCCGUUCCGAUAUAAAAGUUGUGCACGUGUAUUUCUUGUUUUCCGGACAUUUAUAAGUUGUUAUGUAUUUUUAAGUGGAAAAACUGCUUCAGAAAUAUGGUACAGGCACCAGAUUCGUCAUGUGUCCAGAGCGAGUUGCCACAAGCACUGAUGCUACUCACAGAGAUGAAUUUGAGUGCCCAACAUGUGGCCUCACUGGUGGACAAAAUGAUCCAGAAGGUGCGAAAAGGGGAGCUGUCCACAGGUCAAGGACUCAGCUUCCUUGAAAUGAAAUACAACAUGCUACUCAGCUAUCUGAUUAACCUCACUUAUGUGGUUCUGAGGAAAUGUUCUGGGGAGAAGAUCGAGGGGGAUCCCUGUAUUGAUAGAUUAGUCGAGAUCAGGACAAUAUUGGAAAAGAUCAAACCUAUCGACCACAAGUUGAAGUAUCAGAUCCACAAGUUGGUGAAAAGUGCAGUGAGCGGCACAAAUGCAGAUGAUCCGACCUCGUUCCGAGCCAAUCCACACCAUCUGUUAGGCGAUGUUGAAGAAGGGACAGACGAGUCUGAGGAAAGUGAUGAAGACAAAGGAAAUGAUGCUGCUGGAUCAAAGUAUUCUGGUGUCUAUGUACCACCCAAGUUAUCUGCAGUACAUUAUACAGGUGAUGAAACAGCACAAGAUCGUUCUAAAAGACUACAAGAACGCAGCAAGAAACACGCGUUAUCAGCUUCUAUAAUGCAAGACUUACGUGAGGAAUAUUUAGACACUCCGAUAGAGGUUUCGCAGAGCAGUAGGGCGCAGCAGAUUCUUAGUAAGCAGCAACAAGAAAGAGAAAGGUACGAAGAGGAAUACAUGACACGUCUGCCCAUGACGAAAGCCGAAAAGCAAAUGAGGCGACGAUUGACGACAGGUGGCGCUCCGUUGGCAGACGAGAUCUUGGGAGGAGGUAUUGGAGGCAGCAACAAGCGGAAGCGGAAACAGCCUAGUGGUGGUGGCAGACGACCGAAGGGCGGGAAAGGGUACAAACGGAGGAAACGGCAGUGAUCAAGGAGUAGCCGUAGUGCAGCUGAUUAUGGUACCGUAAAGGGUGUUUAGUAGUGGGAGGGAGAAGGAUGCGUGAUAGUGGUGUUGAUAGGUGUCAAGGCAAACGUAUAUACGGCUAAAGGUUUUUGACGAAAAAAUAUUUUGGGAAGUCUGACCCCUUAUUUAUAUUCCAUAUUCAAGGGUUAAAUUGUUAUCGCUUACACCGCGCUUUAGUGUGUUGUAGUAUACUGCGAUUUGAUAAAAGUGCUCCGAGGCAUCAACAUUCACUGGCAUGAUCAAAUUUUCUAAUGUGAGUGAUCUAUUUCCUUGAUAUAUUCUAAAAACAAACAAAUUUUUAGCAUACCUUCAAAUAGUAAUUAAACCUGACGCCUAGGGUCUAUUUUAAAAUGGUUUCACGGGGCGACCCAAUUUACCUAUUUGAUACAAAUUUUUGGCUGACGUUUUCCGAGAUGGUAUAUUACUUCCACGCGAAUUGGCGUGAAAGUAUUGUAAUAGCGAGGAAGUAUUGUAAUUACAAUAAAGUAUUGUAAUUGUCAGGCAUUUCACAGCCAGCAUAUAUUUUACUUUCCACGCAACUGGAGAAAAAUUAUUGUAAUAGCGAAAAAUUUCGAAAAUGAGAUAUGUUUUUUGGAUGUUAUAUGACAUCUAUAUCACGAAAAAAACACCAAUCAUUUCCUUCGGCCUGUCUGGUGACUAAUCAUUGGCUCUUCUGUACCUUGGAUUGUGAUGAAAUUUUCAUACAACGUUAGGGCUGUAGAUUUAGGUGUGAAAUAAUGAACGUUCACCGGUCUUCAGUGAAUAUGACGAUAUUUCGUGGAAUGAAGAAUCUCGUGUAUUUUAGUAACUUCUCCUUGUACGAAGGAAUGCUUAAAAAAAGAAAAAGCUCACUAUACUAUUUCCUUACUUAUAUUCAUUAUAUUGCAUGACCACUUGUGUUUCCAUAGCCAGCCAAUAGAAAAAUAUCGGAAUGUAAGAAAGCUGAUUCAGAUAAUAGUAUUGAUGUAUUGUGCAUACUCAAAGUCCUUGAUUUCAAUCUUUUGUCAAAUGAACAGUACUUUUGUUUCACAAUGUUUCACUGGUAUUCAUUCUACCCUACAGCCUUUUGUCAGGAUACAUACAUGUUCAUAGUUGGUGAACAAUAAAGCAUACUAAAGUUGAAUCGGAAACAUGAUGCAUAUACAAAGCUCAUUUGUCCAAAAUUGCGUUGGAGUCAAUAUACUUGACGCCAGUUUUUUACAUUUCAUAAAACCUCACUCAUUAUCGAUGGUCUACCUGCUAUUUGUCAUACAAAGUUACUACCAUAUCAAAAAGGAAAACGCUUUGUAUGUUUUGAAAAUCGAUUCAAUGGUGGUCUGGCCGACCUAAAAAUGUAUCAAGAAUAAAUGUUAUGCUUAGUAAUUUAGCACAAAAGGACGACCAGAGAUUGAUCGACAAAUGGAACUAUCAAAAACAAUGUCAGCUGUUGAUCCAAGGAACAAUGAUCUUUACAAACAUUCAACGGACGGACUUGAACAAUAAAACCUAAAACUAAAAGAACGUGCGUAAAUAAAGAAAAUAUUGACUUCAAAUAUUCACAACUUUUCUGUCGGAACAAUAAUACUGUCAGGUAUCUCUAUCCUGUCUCCUGAAUUUCUGGGUUUCAAUAUUGAUUAACGUAUUCAACAUUAUUUAUGUAUAUGUAUAUACUUUUUUGAAAGUCUCACUUUUCUCAUUUAUAUCCAUGCUUUGAGCUGCCAGCACCCCUGCUUCUCUUAUGGUUGUUUUUAGUAUAUGUACUAGAUGGCGCGAGUGUCCUAAAAGUUUCUCUCAAGGUCUUAGGGUUAUGUGUCAUCUCAAUGAGAAAUGCAUGGGUAUCAUGUAAAAAACCUGUAAAACGUCAAAAAAAACCUAUAAGAUGUCAUCUUGCAAACUAGGUAGUUUUUAGGGCGCAAACAGUCAUUCCACGUUUCCCAAGGAGGAAUCACUCAUUCCUGGUUGCAUAUGUUUUGUGAGACCAAAUGGUCCUUAUCUGUAGUUUUUAUCUCUGAGAAGAAAGUUGGUUGAAUAGCAAGAUCGCACCUGGAUGAUUAUGUAUAUUGGUCUGCAUGUCUUUAAAAUCAGUGAUAUUUGCUGUAUGAGAAAAUCAUUACUGAAUAUGCUGCCAAUGAAGUAUAUCUAUUGGCUAUGCCCGACGGGUUAUUUUUAUGUUGUGCUUUCUGAAGAGAGGUUAUGUUCAAAGUUAUAAAUUACGAAAAACUGAGGAGAAUUACGGGAAAUCGUCACCGCGCCCACGUUGAGUGUAAUUACUGUGUUGAGAGGUUAGGUCGCCGCCUUGUGGGGUGAAAUGAAGAACAGACUUGUUGCUUGCUGCGUUGAAUUCUUGGAGUUUUAUUGUUAUACACAAUUGCAGUCUGUAUUAGACGUUUUACAAUAACACUUUUUUACGUUAAUAUUCAAAUUUUACACUUAUUUAGACAGUUUUUGUCGUGCUGAGAAGCGUGGACUGUACCUUGUUCUCUCAACUCUCUCUCUCUCUAACCGUUGCCACGUUGAGCCGACUGUUCGGGAUUCGCGGAAACAUACAUGUAUAUGACUUGUAAUUCGACAGUGUACAGUGAAUAUAAUUAUUUCUUAUCGCUCUCAUUUUUGAAAUUCAGCAAAUUUGUAUUUUCCAGAAUGGAUAAGAAAAAGUGGAAUGCGCAACUAAUUUCUAGCUUUUAAUCUCAAUUAAGUCUAUUUGAGACAAGAACCCAAUGUAAUUAUCAUCAACACAUACAAUUUACAGCUUAGACCUCCAGUAAUGCCAUCUCAGAAGCAGAUUUUACAUUACAUCAGAGCCAAAGAUUGAUAACAAGCCUCAUGACGUUUAGGAAACACAUACAACUAAGUGCUAAGUUAACAUCUUGUAGAAAAACCUACAUAAUGUCAAAAAAACAGCAUAAUGUCAAAAAAAAUCGGCAUAAUGUCACUUUUCAAGAUACGUGAUACCCGUGCCGGAUGAUAGGCAGAUGUCGCGCCUGAGUUUAGCAUUUAAGUAUAAUCGAAACGAUUAAAGCACGGGGUGGACUAUUUUCAGGUGGAAUACGUUAAUCAAUGGUUUUAAGGAAAAUAAUACUGAAGCACUUUGAUAGAUAGAAGUCGGGAUCUAAACACUUUAGGCGAAAUAGUUAAUGUUAUUAUUGUUUGAUCCACGUCUAUCUAUUUAAUGGUGCACAAAACGUGCACAUGUUAUAGACGAAAACGUUAUUCUUCUCAUUUAUUUUGUUUUUUUUUGUUGAGUUUUGAAGCAACCCUUAUACUGAUAUUGGUAGUGAUGCGAGUUUUGUAACUGAUAGACAAGAAAAAUCUGUCUUGUGUAUACGUUUGCCUUGCGCAUGAAAAUUAAAGAGCUUGAAACCCCAGUUGCCUAAGGUAACCUUAUAAUUUCUGUAAAAUUACGAAUUGGAGAUAAAGAAAAUUCAAAAUUCCGUCAAAAGUCCCAUAGUGUUAUACGUAUACGUAUAUAUUUGUACGACUUUAUUAUUUUUUUUUUGUUUUUCUAACGUGUGUACGGUUCUAUAUCUAACAUUUUCGGCGUGCAGUUUUUUGGACCUUAAUUUAAAAGUUUUCGUUUUUUAUUUCUUAUGAUUUACGUUGUUCUAGAUGUCAUAUUAUAGACUGAAGAUAUUUUUACAUAAUGUUAUUGAACUGUUGCUGAUACUUUACAAGUUAUAUAGGAAAUUAUUUCUAUUUUUCGCUCGAUAAUGUGUUCAGACGAAACCAAUAGUUAAGUACAAGAGUGAUUUAGCCAAUACUAUCAAAUAACACUUACAUACCUCUAGCUGAAUAAAGUACAGAUCUUUGAAACCAGGGAUAACUCUACAUGUUUUCAAAUACAAAUAUCAACUUGAAAUGUAAACUAAUGUGAAAUAAGGGUACCCUUUAUCUAAACCAUAUUGUUAAUGAGGAAAAUUCGAUCUUGGUGGUCCAAUAUGAUUUGGAGAAGUCAUGGAUUAGUCAAAAUUGAUCUUUCUUUACUCAGUUUUGUAACUUUUGCAAAAGAAACCGUUAAAUGGCUGAUCUCCAAUAAUCCAUGUGCUCUGAAAUUAAGUUAUCUGUACAACUGGAGUAAAUGGAAAAGCACAAACUAGUACAUCUCCUUGAAUAAAAUAUCUGUACUUGUAUUACCUGUUGCAUAAUCCUAGUUAAAGUUACAUUUAUAAAAGACUUGUUGCUACCAGAUUCUUGAAAAAAGUAUUGGUUAAAUUAGUGUUAUAUUCAUUUAGGGUGUUUCAAUGUGAAGAGGAAAUAAUUUAACUGUGUAUAUUGGCCUCGGAGGGGAUUAUAGAUAACAUUUGGUUGAUGGGUCUUUAGCUCGCUAUAACCGAUAUAGUGUUUUAUUUUGACAAUUUGUAGUCUCACAACUUUUUAAUUACUGUCUACAGGGUGCGCCAUCUAGUAUGUUGGUAUGUAGACAUUGAAUAACUUUGAAAAAAAAACUGAUUUCUAUAUAUGCAAUUUUCUUAAAUUUUUUCCUUGACAAUUUAUUGGAAAUGUGCCCAUUUUGCUGCGUUUCCCAUUACUUUUCGACCAUCGCGGGUGGUAUAGCGGCGAUUGCGGUACGAAUGUUUGCUUUGAGUUCUUCAGUGGUCUGGGGCUUGCUGGCGUACACUUGACUUUUCAAAUAACCCCACAAGAAGUCCGGUGGGGUCAAAUUUGGAGACCUGGGUGGCCAGUCAAUGUCACCUCUUUUUGACAUCAGACGUCCAGGGAAUUUUCGUUGCAGAAACUGGAUUGUUUCAUUUGCAGUGUGGCAUGGCGCACCGUCUUAUUGAAACCAGUAACCAUCAAGAACUUUUUCACGCAUUUGUGGGCAGACAUAUCGAUAUCGAUUUCCAUCGACUGUUUCGUUUUCGUUGAAGAAAAAUGGCCUAAUGAUGGUUUUGGCGCUAACGCCGGCCCAAACAGUCACUUUCCGGUCAUGCAACGGCAUUUCGUGGAUCUCAUGUGGAUUUUCCGUCCCCCAAAUGUGGCAGUUUUGCUUAUUAACGCCGCCAGAGAGUGUCAAAUGGGCCUCCUCGGUCAUCAAAAUUUGCUUCCAAAAAUCAGGUUUAGCGUGAACCAUUCGAGCCACUGCUGGCUGUAUUCCAAGCGACGAGGACGGUCUGUCGGCAAUAUUUUAUGUGGUGAUACGGAAACUGGCAUAUCAUCAAAAUACGCCGCAAAGGGGAUCCACUGACGCGAAAUUGCUGAGCGCGUGACGAUAGGACACUUUUGGGUUCUGGGCAACGCUUUCUCUGACCACUUCAACCAGUUCAUUGGAACGUCUUGGUUGUUGUCACACGGUGCCUGUUUGCCAUGAUAUUUUCGACGAUAUGCACGUUGAGUUAACACGACUGAACGACGAUUUUCAAUGUAGAUUGUCACUAUUUCGGCGCUUUGUUUCGGUGUGAAGCGAUUCAUGGUUAAAAUUGUACUUAACUGACGUUUCAAAAACACGUAUAACCAAAUCAACCGGCUUUAAAUUAUUCAAUGUUUACAUACCGACAUAAAAGAUGACGCACCCUGUAUAUUUUUUAAACUUGGUGCUCGUACUCAGCUUUAUCCUGUCAAAUCGAUUGUAAUACCAACAGAAAAAUAAAUACAGGUCCGGACUAAUUAAAAAUUUGUUAAUCCAUUAUAUCCGAACACAAACAGUGUAGUUUGGAAUUUCUGAAUGGCUUUUACAAUUUUGCAAAGAGCACAAACAGUUCGUGCUAAGGAUCCAUUUUUGUUCUUUGCGCAGAUGGGUUUGUAUGCGCUGAAGAUAACGUUUUUGUUCAUUUUGAAGAACUGGAGGGGCUAAGAAUUUAUACAAUUAUUAUUCCAGCCUUGCGCCACGUUAAUGUUAAAUUCAGGAAGUUAUUGCUCAGUUACUUCAUCUAGAUCAAUAAAAACAUACUUCCAGGUCCGUAUUAAGAACUAAAGGUUGGUGGUUACGUAUCCACAUAUUGAGGAAAUAUUCAUUGAAGGAAUCUCUCCAAAUUACAAUAUUGUACUACGAGUAAUACAUAGACCGAGCAUCAUAGGCAGUGUACGUGGCAACAAAUGGUGUAUGAUUUGAUGAAAGAGGGGAUGAAAUGUUGUCUUAUGAGUAGAAUAGAUUACAGGUCCAACCCGUAUUCUUUUUUGCUGGUAUCACAAUUGAUUCAAUAGGAUAAGCUGUGCAGGCCACCCAAUUAAAAAGAAUAUACAGUGGAUAAAGAUUUGUGAGGCUACAAAGAAAUGACUAAAAUCGAUUUUAAGAUGCUAAAAAUGGAACACCCUAAAUAAUGUUCAAAAGCAGCGAGUAUAUCUACGAUCAAUUAAAUUCACUUUAUACAAUCCUGAUUUUAUGUAAUAGUACCAUUAAUAGUGAUAGAUCAAUGCUGAGAUAAUACCAUCACAUCAAUUUGUGUUCUUCAGUUUUCCAUAAAUAAUGGUGGAUUAGACUCCUAUAUCACAAAAUUGAAUCUGUUUUCACUGUAGUUCUUCAAGGUCAAUCUGGUCAUUACGCCAAAAAUUGAAAAUUGAACGAGAGUUUUCGGUUGUUGAUAUUGCAUCUACUUUUCCGGCAUACAAAGUAGAUAUAUAUCCUAAGUUUUCGAAGGUAUGUGUUUACUUUUUGCAGAAUAUUAGACGAUUGGUAACAAUAAUCGUGGAGAGCUUGAAAAAAAAACUUCGUAUAAAAUAUUCCAUACUUACUUUUUAUGGAUUGAAAGUUAUUUUUGUAUACUCUUUCGCGUUGAAGGUUGAUAAAAAAUUUUUAUUGGAAAAUAAGCGUUCUGUUCCCUCUGGGAAAGAACGAAACCCAGUGAAAAACUGUUUUUGAUGAUAGACGUAGUCAAAAAUACUUAUUGGAAACAGAUUGGGAAUGAUUUUGUUAGAAAACGCAGAAAGGUCAAAUGUUGAAAAUCUGUCGAUUUUCACAUUUAGGGAUAGCACUCUAGAUUUCCCCACACUUUUCGGGGUUCCAUUAAGUCUUGUUGACUAUUUCUAAUCAUGAACAUUUGGGAUUAAUUCUGUGUAUAUCCAAUAUUUUGUGGGGUGAUUAGUGUAUUUUAGUCAUGACGUACUACAUUUUUCCCCACUUUUCAGGUUUUCAGUAUUUCUGAUUACUAUCAUAAACAGUGGGUUUCACCGGUUUGCGUACGUUCGCAGCAGGGCAAAAAAUGGCUAUUUUUAACAUUGUCUUUUAUUUCUAUUCUUUGAAAACAAUCCGCCAAUCCGAUAACGCUUAUCAAAAUAUUCUAUUGCUUUGAGCACUUAAAAGACAACUAUACAUUUUUUCGCCAAGUUCGGUCACUUUCCAUUGGACUAAACCUGAAUUUUUGAUAGUCACACAUACAGUUGUUAAUAAGGUGUUUUUUCCAAGUUUGCGACCAGCAUAUCUGUUAUUAACAAGUGAGCAAUGUUAUUUUUGUCUAUGUUAUUUACUGACAUUGUUGCUUUAUUGUUUUUAAUUUAAAAUAUUACGUUUUGGUUUGGAUAUUAUUAUUAAAGACUUCCUUAUAUGUUAAGUGAUCUACACGCGUCUUUUAUUUCAUUUCAUUUUUACGGUAUGUCUCAAAAUUAGCAUAUAUCAUAUUUUUCGCCAAAUGUAUUAAAAACAACAAUGUUUCUGUUCUGGUAUCUAUUGUUCAUUUCAUAGUUUUUAUUUCUGUCACUGUCUUGAACACAUUAGGAAAUCUAUGUAUCAAGAGCUUUUUUGGUUCAUUGAUCUGGCUAUCUUUUGCCUGUGAAAUGGGUAACUCAUUUGCUGAUUCUUACAAUCGUGGCUUUUACGAAAGAAAAAUGCCCGUUCAUGCUUUUUAUUAGUAAGUAGAUAACCAGUGGCUUUUUACCCACAACUUCAAAACGAGUCUGCCAGUUGCUUGAGAUGUAACCCAAAAGCAACAACCGAACUUUAAAUCGAUUUGCGCCUUUGAGUUUUUGAAGAUAUACAAUAGCGAUAAUAAUUCUUAUGUUUAAUAGUAUCUUUCUCAUUUGCUUCUUUCCUUAAAUUAUUAUAAUUAUUGAUGAAAUUCAUUUUUUAUUCAGUUUAGUGAUGAAUUGUGAUUUGCUCAGUUUGAGGCAUACUGUACAGGGCUUGUCUCAAAAUCUUUUUUGUUUUAUAAUUGUAUUAUUUACACACUUUUUAUGUUAAAAUGUAAGAUUUGAACAAAACCGGCGAAAUAAAGAACCGACAGCGCAGUAGUGUUUAAUGACAGUAUCUGUUUGAUUCAAAUAACACCGAAAGGAGUACUUGCCGUCAAUAUGAAUACGAAGGAAAUUGAUGGGAGCAAUUUGGAUUUUUUUUAUAUCGAAGCAGCCGCGCAGGCAGAAGCCUAUAUGCUGGAACAUCGCGGAUGCUAUGAUGAUCCCAAACAAAUUUUGUUCAUACGAUUUUUGAACUGUCUAAGGUUAGUAGAACUGGGAAAAGCUUCCUCUUGUAGAUUGUUCCACAGUCUCGACACCCUUGGGACAGAGGAGCGGUCGUAUCGCCCAGUUCUGGAUGUACGAAGCUCGACGCGGUUAGGAUGGGAGGCCAAAGUCAGGCGGGUCUGUCGAGCAGGCACAUCGCACGACGGCAUCAUGGAAGAGAGCUCCGUUGGUGUAGCGGUAGAAAAGAGCUAGAUCGCCGAUGGCUCGCCGGUGCGAAAGAGUUCCGAGACUGUUUGUUAGAGAAGAGUCAUCGAUCAGUCGGACCGCCCUCCUCUGGAUAGCAUCAAGCAUGGAUAAUUUAGUCGAGGCGGCAGCACCUCAAACGUGUGAGCAAUACUCGAGGCUAGUCCUUAUCUGGGCCUUGUAUAGAGUGAAAAGGUCAUGUGGAGAAAAGUACUUCUUAGCCCUAAACAAGUAGCCUAGCUUUUUCCCAACAGCUGCAGCUAUUGACGAAAUGUGUGCGUGCCAGAUCAGGUCCUCCGACCAGCCGAAAUGAAUGGCUCUUUGACAGAACUCAGCUAUCCAUCGAUACCGGAUGAGCGCUAGGACGCUUUUUGUUCGUCAAAGUACAGUGCUGUGUUUUGGAAGCAUUGAACUGUACAAGAUUGUUGCGUCCCCAAGCCUCCAGGUCUCUUGUCAGAGAGGAUGCCGUCGCUAGCCUUCUUUUUUCCAGCUCAGCGGCAGAGAUCGGCUUGUCACUCUGAAUUCCUGCAUGUAGAGUGCUGUCAUCAGCUAAGCUGUGGAUUGGGUUGAUCAUGCAACAAAGGAGGUCGUUGAUAUGUAAGAGAAACAGUGUGGGAGCCAAGACCGAUCCCUGGGGAACACCCGCGUUGACGAUGUGGGAUGAAGAGGAGAACCCGUCAAUUACGACGGAUGUCUUGCGGCCAGAGAUAAAAUCAGCCACUCAUCUGCAAAGCUUUUCUGGGGGGCCAUAGGAUGGAAGUUUGCUUAAGAGGGCAGCGUGCCACAGCUGAUCGAACGCUUCGUGAUGUCGUGAUAAAUUAUUUCCAAAAUGGUGCUUCCAGCUAACCGCAAGCUGAUACCACUUGCUUAUUUUUAGUGGGACUCCCUAUACAGAAAAUGAAGGAUAAUCAUGCACCUUCAAUGUGGCAAAAUUUUGUUUUGUCAAAAGUUUUAGAUAUUUUGUGUUGGCUGUUGUAUAAUCUUUAAUUUUUCCUACCUUUGUUCCUAUGCAAUCCGAUUUGUAACGGUUUCCUUAUAGCAUGAAACUUGCAUUACAUAAUGAAAAUUAAGUUUUUGAAAACCCCAGUCAUUUUUUUCACAAAUUAACACUGGAACAAUGUGUGACUUACAACGUUGUAGCGAUAUUACAAAAUCGCAUCUCAAACUUUUUUUAAAGGGGAUAACCUUUGCUGUAUUCUUUUAUGAACAGUUGACGGUGUUGCAUGGAAAGUGCAGCAGAGUCAACCGAUACGACGCAAUUUUUUUACAUAAAAUUGCAGAUACAUCAAAAUAAUAUUAAUACGUUGAUAUACAUGAAUUGUUCAGAAUCUUUAGUACAAUCCAAGAAUUCAAUAAUAACCAGGUUCUGUUUAAAACAAACAAGCCUGUAUCUGGUAUAACCGGAAUUGCCUCCUUUUUAGUCAAAUGACUCCCAUGCAUUUUACCAGAUUAACAAAUUUUCGUAAUUUUGCCUACUUUUCGAGUAAUCAAUUGCUGCAUUGCUGCUUAUAGUAUAAGUUCUAUUGAAGAUUUGUUUAGAGAGAGUUAGCCAUCCUAAAGAUUUUCGAAUUCAAAUUCUUUCAUUUUUCGAAAUUCAAAUUCUGAUUAAACCUGUGAAAGGAAGAGUACCGAUCUUCACAUUGGUAUGUAUUCACAAUAUUUUGAGUACAGAUUUCCACAGCGACUGGUCAUGUAGUAUUUCGUCAUCCUUUCUUAAAUAUGAUUUCAAAUUUUCAAGAUGGUUGUGCUUCACGAAUUUGAGACAAGUCAUAUUACGAUAAUUUCGUAGUCUGUAAACUCUUAGAUUUAUAAAAAAAAUUGUACUCCAUUCAGUAGCUGAUGUUCGUUGGUGUAUAUUGUAUUUGGUAGAUAAUAUUUAGGUACGCUACUGAACUUACAAAAAUAAAGCUCAAAAAGUAUAUUGGCCGUAGUUUAUAAGUUUUAUGGCUUUAAUUUGAUCACCUAUAUUUAUUUGUAGUGAUAUGUUUUAAUAUAUAUUUUUUUCUAA